AUGCCUGCUACCCUCCAAGUCGACGUAUACGUCGCGCCAGCUAUACCAAUAGCCAACGGUCAUCCCGAUCCGUCUAAAAGGUCGUUCUCACCAAUCUGCUGUACGCUUAUUCAAGGACCGACAUCUGCUGUCCUUGUCGAUGCACCCACGACAAUCGACCUAGCGCAGGACCUCGCUAGGUGGGCAAAGGAGACCGCUCCUGGAAAGAAGCUUUGCUUUAUCUACACAACUCACGCCCAUGGUGACCACUUCCUAGGUAACCCUGUGCUCUUGCAGCAAUUCCCCGAAGCGCAGUGCGUGGCAACACCAGCUGUUGUGAAUGAUAUCGAGAAGCAAUGGUCCGAAAGCCUGUCGAUGUGGAAGAAGAUGUUCCCUGAUGGCCAAAUAGCGGACGGUCAAGUCAUUCCUAAGCCCCUGCCCACCAACGGGCAAUUCGCAAUUGAUGGAUAUACCUUUCGUGGUGUCGACGUGGCGCACUCAGACACUGACGCUUCCUCGUUCUUGUAUGUCCCGGAGCUCAAACUAGUUGUCUGUGGGGAUAUUGUUUAUGGCGACUGUUAUCAGUUCUUCGGAGAGGCAAACACUCAAGAGAAGAGACAGAAGUGGUUGGAUGCAUUAGAUCAGAUCGCCGCGCUGGAACCUGACAUUGUUGUGCCUGGCCAUAAGAGGGAGUCUCAGGCCAAUGGGCCAUACUUGAUUGCCGCUACAAAGGAAUAUAUCUACGUGUUCGAGGAGGAGCUAAGCAAGGCUGAAGAUGCGGAAGCCCUUGAGAACGCUAUGGUAUCACGGUAUCCCCAAAGAUUGAAUCGCUUUCUGCUAGAGUGGAGCUGCAAGAGCUCUUUCGAAGAAUAUUCGAAGGCUCGUGGAAUGAGUAUAUGA